AUGAGUAACAUGGUGGGUGCCUUCAUCACUUUCCUUCUUACCUUCCAACCUCUCUCAUUCAUCUUCUUCCUCCUCUUCUACCUAACAUUCCUCAACUUCCUACCGGUCAAAAAACUCGCCGGAACCGGUCCAACAACAUAUCCGAUAAUAGGAUGUUUAUUAUCCUUCUACAAAAACCGUUUCCGGUUACUAAAUUGGUAUACGGAACUUCUAGCCCAAUCGCCAACCAAUACUAUAUUGGUUCGGCGAUUAGGCGCUUGUAGAACAAUUAUAACUGCAAAUCAACACAACGUCGAAUAUAUACUCAAGACAAAUUUUAAAAACUUUCCCAAAGGAAAGCCUUUCACGGAAAUCCUUGGGGAUUUUCUUGGUAAAGGUAUAUUCAACGUGGACGGUGGUUCAUGGAUCAAACAGCGAAAACUCGCGAGUCAUGAGUUUUCGCUGAGGUCCAUGAACGACUUCAUCAUGCACACGUUAGAGGAUGAAGUGAAUGGAAAGCUAUUACCAUUAAUGGAUUCAUUGUGCAUAGAGAAUAAAGUUGUUGACUUGCAAGAGUUGUUGGGGAGAUUCUCUUUCAACGCGAUUUGCAAAUUCACAUUGGGGAGUUAUGAUGAUGAUGAUGAUAAUAAUAAUAAUAGGUGUUGUUUGGAUCCUAGUUUUCCGAUUUCGCCACUGGCGAGGGCUUUCGACGUGGCGGCUGAGAUUUCUGCGAGACGCGGAGCAGCGCCGUUGUUUUUGGUGUGGAGAGUGAAGAAAUGGCUGAGAUUUGGAUCGGAAAGGAGGUUGAGAGAGGCGGUUAUGGAGGUUCAGACACGUGUCAUGGAAAUGAUUUCAAAUAGAAAGAAAAAAAUGAAUGGAAUAGGAGAGAAGCUUGUUAAUGGUCAAGAUCUUUUGUCACGUCUUAUUUCUUCAGGUCAUGAUGAGGAAGUGAUUAGGGACAUGGUGAUAAGUUUGAUUAUGGCAGGGAGAGAUACAACAUCAUCAGCUUUAACAUGGUUCUUUUGGUUACUAUCAAGUUAUUCUGAGAUUGAGCAAAGGGUAGUGAAAGAGACAUUGGAUUAUGAUUAUGAUUAUGAUUAUGAGUCAUUGAAGAAUAUGAAUUAUUUAAAGGCAUGUCUAUGUGAAUCAAUGAGAUUAUAUCCACCAGUGGCAUGGGAUUCAAAGCAUGCCACGUGUGACGAUAUAUUGCCAGAUGGUACAAUGGUAAAAAGUGGAGAUAGAGUGACUUAUUUUCCAUACGGAAUGGGGAGAAUGGAGAGUUUAUGGGGAAAAGAUUGGUUUGAAUUUAGACCGGACCGGUGGUUUGUUGAACCGGUUGAACCGGGGAAGAAAGAAGUAGUAAUAUUGAAAGAGGUUUGUCCUUUUAAGUUUCCUAUUUUUCAGGGUGGUCCAAGGGUGUGUUUGGGAAAAGAAAUGGCUUUUGUUGAAAUGAAAUAUGUGGUGGCUUCGAUUGUUAGGAGAUUUAAGAUUAAAAUAGUUAGUGAUGAGAAGCCUAUGUUUGUGCCACUUCUUACGGCACACAUGGCUGGCGGCUUAAAAGUAUUGGUUUCUAAAAGGGUGUGA